ACGUAAGUCGCAACGUGUUUUGUGGGGGCCCCGAUGACUUGUUUUAUUUUAUUUGAACAACACGAUAAGAUUAUAGAUUAUUAGAUUUAAUAUUAUAUAUUAAAGUCGCACAUUUAUAUGUUUUUAAGAAACACCACUUAAAACACCCAAAAAAUUUAAUUCCAUACUGUCAAACCAGAGCACGGAAGAGUUGCUCAAAAAUUUACUAAUUUGUAAAGUGAUCGGUAAUUCUAACAUGGUGUUUAAGUGCCAGGAAGACAGCUUUUUGAAAGAGUUUACUUCAAAAGUAGUCUCAUGCGAAAAAAGCGAGUUUGACGCAACCGUUGACGGCAAAAACGUUAAAAUCAAUGGAUAUGAAGUCAUUCUGGAGAACACUGUUCUAUUUCCUGAAGGGGGCGGCCAGCCCUGUGACCACGGUUUUUUGAACGACCAACCCGUGUACCAAGUCAUACGAAGGGGCGACAAAGCUGUCCAUUUCAUCGAAAAACCGCUCAAUGUCGGUGAUGACGUUAAAGGCAUCAUUGACUGGAAUCGCAGACUGGAUCACAUGCAGCAACAUUCAGGCCAACAUUUAAUCUCUGCUGUUUUAAUCAGAGAAUUUAACUUUGAUACAAUCUCCUGGUACUUGGGAGAAGAAGUGUCGUACAUUGAACUAGAUAUACCGAAAAUUACCCAAGAACAGAUCGAUCACGUUGAAAACAUUUGUAACGAACUGAUAAGGGAUCAACGGCCGGUCGUUGUUAAUAUUUUCGACGAAAAUACGCCCCCUGAGAAACUAGAAAAUUACCGCAGCGCUCGCGACCUACCAGCAGACCACGUGGGCGACAUCCGCGUUGUUACCAUUGAAGGUAUUGACAGUAACAUGUGCUGUGGCACCCAUGUUACAAAUCUGAGUCAAUUGCAAGCAAUUAAAUUAUUGCACUCGGAAAAAAGCAAGAGAAAGGAUAAAGUCUUACUUUAUUUUUUAAGUGGAAACAGAGUCAUAAAUCGUUUAGAUAACUGCCUAAAGCGGGAACAAAAAUUAACAGCGUUAUUGAAAACAAACCCAGUCCAACAUCCAGAAUUUGUGGAAAAGUUGGUUCAGGGCAACAAAAGCCUUAAUAAAAAUCUACAAACGGUGUUGAAGGAUUUGGCAGUGUAUGAAGCUGCGAAGUUGAAGGAGAGCAAAGAGAAAUAUUUCUUUUUGCAUCGUAAAGAAGCUGACCCCACUUUUAUGAGUAUUUUGUUGAAGGAGGCUGGGAGAAGUGAUAUUUUCCAGUUUUUGUCAGUUGGCGAUGAGAAGGGGGCUGGCAAUAUUGUCUUGUACGGUGACGAAAAGGCAAUUAGUGAUUUGUCGCCAAAAAUUUGUGAGCUGUUGGGGGGUAAAGGCGCCGCUCAAGGAAACAAGUUUCAAGCCAAGGUCACAAACUUAUCUAAUCACAAAUCAGCCGUGAAACUUGUCAAGGAGUAUUUUGACCAAAAAUAAUGUUAGUUGUUUAGCAUCAUUUAUUUAAAGCAAAUAAAGAAUCUAUAACAUAA